AAUUGAAUUUUGGGAAAAUAAAAUCUAAAAAUCGAGUAAAUUAAAUUCACACAUUUUCUGAAAUAAGGAAACUAUUUCCGUUCAUUGAAAAACUUGUGUAUAUUUAUCAACCUUUACUUUGUUUUCACGUUGUCAAAAAAAGAAGAAGCGUCUAGGCCACUAUAUACAAAAUAAAUAAAAAAGAAAAAUAAAAAUCGGGUCGCCUACUCCAUUGAUUCGACUCUCAAGAGUCAGUUUUACUUUUAGAUGUCGAUAGCUUCGUCACUAACCCCCUAUUCUUAGAUCAUGAGCUCUUAAUCACUUGCAUCGAAUAGCGACAAUGAUGGCAUUUGUGAAACGAGUAGUGUACACAACUAAAGAAGAACUUGCCUCAUUAAAUAAUAUCAAGAUAAUUAUUUACAAUACGAGAAAAAAAACAUUGAAGAAAUAACAGCAGAACGAAGAAAACGAAGCAAAAGUUUAAAAAACUAUCAAGAGGAACUUUGGAUACAAAAAGAAAAUUUCUUCUUUCGCUCUUGUAAAAUGUCAUGAGAGAAAAAAAUGAAUUUCAAAAAAGCGACUCAUCCCCGAAAGUUCAAAAAAUCAAUCGAAGAGAAGGAAAUUCUUCCUCCACCGCGAGUGAUUUCGCAUGAAUUAUAUUUUCCAAGAUUUGGAACAAAAAAAGACGUGACACCACCAUCGCCAUUUAUUCUAAUCGAUGGCAAAUUAUUGCGGAGUUCAAUAUCCUUUUGCAAGAAGAAAAAUAAUCGACGGGUGAAAUUUCCCGAAAAUGACAUUCUCGUCUCUGCUUAUUUCGAGUCCGUCAAUUCCUGGGAUUAUAUAUUGGAUGGAGAAAAAAAUUCUGAAGAAGACAGUGAAGAAAGUGAUGUGAGCGAUGAAAGUGAAGAUAGUAAGAGCGAAAAUAGCAGCGAUGGGAGUAUUUGUGGAAAAAUUGAAGGAGACCAAGAAAAUGGUCAAAGAUCUGUCUCAUAAUUAAUUCAUUAACUACUUAAUUUUAAAUAAAAAAAUAGUUAAUAAGCAAAUUUCAUUCAAACUUCAUUUUUUUUCAAACAAUUCAGUAAUUAAACAAAAUUUUUUCUAAUAAAAGAAUUUUCAUUAUCAC